AUGGCGGUGGUGUUGGUCUUUGAUGGCGGCCACGGUGGUAGCGGCAGCUGCAACAGCAGCAGUAGCAACAACAGCGGCGGCGGAAUCAGCGGCAGUGGCUGCAGAGGUGGCAGUGGCGGCAGCGGCUGUAGCAGCGGGGCCGGCAGCAGCAGCGGCAGCAGCAGGGCCAGCGGUAGCGGCAACAGUAGGGCCAGCAGCGCUGGCAGCAGCGGCGGAAGCGGUGGCAGCAGCGGCAGCGUCGUCGUCGUAGUUGUUCUUGUCUCCAUCAUCACCAUCGUCAGAAUCUCUCGUAACAUUGUUGGUCAUUGCGAGGUGUCACUAAAGAAGCCGUCUUCUAAUUAUGAGUAUAUGGAAGAUUUCACAGGAGAUGUUCCCCUAAUGUUUUUCCCAGCCCUACAAGCAGGAUUUGAAUUCAGUUCAGCGGAUUAA